AUGAUGCAACAAUACAUGAAAGAAUUGGAACAGGAUCCAUUUGAUCCUGAAGAAUUUGUUGAAAGACUUGCUUGGAGAACAGUUAAUGAUACAACAAAAGACGGUGGAAAAACGUUUUUUGAUCCUACAAUAGUGCAUGAGACGUUUUUACAAGCAAUUAAAGAUUUGCAAAUUCUACAAGAACGUCAACAAAAAAAAUGUGAUAAACUUGAAGCAGCAUUGAAAGAUGAAGAAGCAAGGCACAUGCUUGAAAUCCUUGAAUUACAGGAAAGAAAUAAACACUCUAUUGAUUUGUUUCAUCAACUAGAUGAAAGAAUCAAUUUUGUGGCUACUAAGGUUUUACAUCUAGGUGAUCAGUUAGAAAGUGUUAACACACCAAGAGCUAGAGCUGUUGAGGCUCAAAAAUUAAUGAGACAUUUCUCAGAUUUCUUAAGUCCUGGACCUUUGACAGACCCAAUUUUCACAGACAAGUCAUCGCUAGAUGAAGCAGCAGAUGUAAUACAAAAACUUCAUCUUAUUUCACAAGAAUUGCCAUCUGAGAAAUUUGAACAUGCUAAAAAAAAGAUUGCUGUUAAGUAUGAUGAAAUUGAAAGAAAUCUUAUAGAAGAAUUUGUUAGGGCACACAAUAGAGAAGAUGCUAAUCGUAUGAAAGAAUUAGCAUCAGUUUUAGCUCAUUUUAAAGGAUAUUCUCAGUGCAUUGAUGCAUUUAUAGAACAAAGCCAAAUGGGUUCAUUUGGAGGAAAAGAUGUUUUUCAAGAUGUAAUACCUAUGUGUACAAAGUACCAUAAAUUAAUGCAACAAGUAUUUACAAAUCCUGAACAAGUCAUGGCAAAAUUUGUAUUAAAUAUUUAUCAUUUAAGACUUCAAAAAUAUGCAGUUGCUAAAUUGGCAGAUAAAACUGAUCCUGAUAAGUAUCUUAGAAAUUUAUAUGAUUUAUAUACACGGACUGUGAAAUUGUCUACAGAACUAAAAAUGUUUAAUAUGGGUACUGAUGAUACAUACCUUACAAAGUUGACUAGAAAUAUAUUUCAAAAAUAUCUGGAUACUUAUAUACGUAAGUUCAUAUAAUAAUUAAUAUAUAUUCUCCUUAUUGAAUAUUAUGAAUCUAAAAAUCAUCAGAAAAAACAGUUACAAACUGGAGGUUUCCAAGAAUUAAGAAGGGAUUUACAAGCAGUUCUUGGAGCAAGAACUAAUAUUAAUAUUGCUCAGAUAGAAAAUUAUGGUGGAGAAACUUUUUUGUCAGAAGAACUUGCGAUUGCUCUGUUACAAAGAAGUAAAGUAGGUUUUCAGAGAUGUCAGUUAUUAUCGAAACCUGAUGAAGUACCGAUAAAUACUCUUCAAAUUUUGGAAAUAUUAUUACAAUAUUUAAUAAGUGAACAUGUUGAUUAUGCAUUGGAAUUAGGUUUACAAAGUGUACCAAUUCCUGAAAGCAGAACUCAACCUGAGAUACACUUUUUCAAUGUUGUGCGUCAAUGUAACGCAAUUGUACGCUUAUUAGAAGAACAAUUUAAUGACAGUGUCAUACCACUUGUUGUAUCAACACCAAAGCAUGGAGAUUGUAUGUUAAAGAAAAAAGUCGUAUUAGAUCAAAUUGAAAUGAAACUGGAAACAGGAUUAGAUAGAAGUAUAAAUGCUAUUAUUGGUUGGGUAAAAGUGUACCUACAAAAUGAACAACGAAAGACUGACUUUAAACCUGAAACUGAUGUGGAUACUUUGAGCACUCCAGCCUGUUUAACAGUAGUUCAAUAUGUUACUGGAAUGAUUCGACAUAUUCGAAAUACUUUGGAUGGAAAGAAUUUAAAUAACGUCCUAACUGAAAUAGGGGUACGAUUUCACAAAGUUAUUUAUGAUCACCUACAGCAAUUUCAAUUUAAUUCUGCUGGUGCAAUGUGUGCAAUAUGUGAUAUGAACGAAUACCGUAAAUGUGUCAAGGAACUUGAAGUUGAUCUUGUUAUUUCUUUGUUUGAUACUUUACAUGCUUUAUGUAAUUUAUUGCUAGUUAAACCAGAAAAUUUGAAACAAGUUUGUACAGGAGAUCAAUUGGCAACAUUAGAUCGCAGUGUCCUGGUGAAUUUUAUACAAUUAAGAACUGAUUACAAAACACAAAAAUUAGCAAAUUGUCUGAAAGGUUUAGCUACAUGA